UACAAGAUUAAGAUAGUAGUAACUAACUCAUCAUGCACGACUUAUACGAGAAUAUUAAAAUUAAUCUGGUUACACUUACUAACAAUUUGUAAACACCUACUUCAGAAUAAUUUUAGUUAAGGCAAUGCCACUGUUAAAGAUGAGCUUCUUUCUGUCUUCGUUAUUGCAAUUGUUGUUAUUUAUUACUUUGUGCUCCACUUUGGCUUUGGAACAAGAUGAACUGACCACAACAAAUGAUUCUCUACAAUUUCUAUUGGAGAAACAUGAAAGUAAUUGUACCCCCUCUGCAAUCCUCGAAUUCCCGUCUGAUGGACUUACGAGGGAAGAUAGAAGAAACGGAUGGGUUUUCAUACAUUUUCUUCUAGCCUUUUACAGUAUAAUUCUCUUAUCAACUGUGUGCGAUGAUUACUUCGUUCCAGCCAUUCAGGCUCUGGUAAUAGAUCUCGACAUUCCUGAAGAUAUAGCAGGGGCAAGUUUUAUGGCUAUCACAAGUGCUAGCCCAGAGUUGUUCGUUAAUUUUGUAGGCACUUUUAUCACCCAAGGAGACAUAGGAGUAGGCACUGUUGUUGGGUCUAAUGUAUUUAAUGUUUUAGCAGUCCCAGCAUGUUGUCUUUUUUCUAACUUAACAUUUAAGUUAGAUUGGUAUUCAAUGACUCGCGAUUGCCUAGUUUAUGGAAUAUCAGUUUUAUUGUUAAUAACUACACUUUGGGAUGACAAAGUCCAAUGGUACGAGGCCCUAAUGUUUGUUUUGGUGUAUCUACUUUAUAUUUUGGUUAUGUACCAUAACAAGAAAAUGCAACAUUUCAUAAAACGAAAACGUAAAACAACCGCACCGAAAACAGUAGAAGAAGUAGAUUUACGAAUUGCAGAAACUUCUGUGAAACUAACUGAAGAAAUUGAAGUAAGCGAUGUGAAUAAUAUGAAGCUUACAAUUACCGAGGAGGUCAAUGUAAAAGAAAACAUUACAACAAACAAUCACGUUGAACCUGAACUUGAACAGGACAAUAAAGAAAACAGGAACAAUAACAGUUUUAUAGGAAUAUUUUGGAAACUUUUCACUUAUCCUAUUACGACCGUGUUUGAGUGGACGAUACCAGAUUGUAAAAAGGAACCAAGGGCAUACAUUUACGCAUUGGUUAUGUGUAUGGUUUGGAUAGGGGUGGGAUCAUAUCUACUUACUUGGUUCAUAACUGUUAUCGGUAAUAUAAUUAAUUAAUU